AUGGUGCAGACGAUUGAAGAAAUUAAAGAGAUUGCCAAGAAGAUCACGACUGUGAAGGAUAAGGCCAACUAUAAUGCAAUUAUAAAGUUAAUCAAGCAACUGGAAAUCCAGAAUGAAGAAGAUCUGGAUGAUGAUACCGUGGAGAAAACGUAUAGAUUUUUGGUGGUAUCAUUAUUUCAAAUAUUCAAAAAGUUGUUUUCUCGUGGAGAUUUGACAUUACGUGUCUCUGAUAAGACUACCCCAGAGUUGAAGCAAUUUAAGCAAUGGUGCAGAAGAACAUAUGAAUCAUUCAAGACAAAGAUGCUAUUAAUAAUAUCCGAUCUAAGAUUGGAAACUUCCUUGGCACUAGAUUCCUUGGAUUUAUAUAUGCAAUUGAUCGAAUUAGAGUCCAUCCAUUUUGCCUCUAAAGUGGAUGCUCCAUUUUUCCCCAAUAAAACAUUGAAAAAUUUGAUGCUUGCCAUUUGGAAAUCAAAUAUAGAAGGUAUGGAAACAAAAACUUCCAAUGGUCAAUCACAAAAUUUCAUUCUUUUGGAGUUUUUGGAAAAAUAUUAUAAACCAUUUGCUGAUAUUCAAUAUUAUGUUCAAUCUGAAUUCAACAACAUUUUAGAUUCUUCAGUACCAUCAUCUGAGAAAGAAUUAUUAUCUCAUAAUGUAUCUAAAUGGUUGACCUUGAUGAACCAUGAUAGUCACUGUUCUAAUGCAAACGUAGAAUUGGAAAUAUAUGUUUCAAACCCUCCGAAGGCCGUGGAAGAUGAAUCCAAAUUUAAAUCGUUCUUUGAAAAAAAUUGGUUAAUUACUUUAAACUUUAACCUAUCCUUGGAACAAUACAAGACCAUUUUAUUAAUUCUCCAUAAAAGAUUAAUUCCACAUUUCCAUACACCUACAAAAUUGAUGGAUUUCUUGACAGAAUCAUAUAACCUACAAUCAUCUGAUUCGAACGCUGGUGUAGUACCAAUACUGGCAUUGAAUGGUUUAUUUGAACUAAUGAAACGUUUCAAUCUGGAAUAUCCAAAUUUUUACAGCAAAUUGUAUCAAUUAGUGACACCAGACUUAAUGCAUGUGAAAUAUCGUGCCAGAUUCUUCAGAUUAAUGGAUUUAUUUCUCUCUUCAUCGCAUCUAUCUGCACAUUUAGUGGCAUCCUUCGUCAAGAGACUAGCUAGAUACACCUUGGAUGCUCCACCGGCGGCCAUUGUCUCAGUGAUCCCAUUUGCCUAUAACAUGUUGAGGAAACAUCCAAAUUGUAUGAUCAUGUUGCAUAAUCCACGUUAUAUAUCGGAUCCCUUCCAAACGGCGGAACAGACUCAAGAAUUAAAUAAAUUGAAGGAAAAUUAUCAUGAUCCUUUUAAUAUUCAAGAGCCUAACCCUGAAUUGACCAACGCAAUGGAAUCAUCAUUGUGGGAGUUAGCAACAUUAAUGGACCAUUAUCAUGCAAAUGUAGCUACUUUAGCAAAGAUAUUCGGACAGCCGUUCAGAAAGAUAAGUUAUAAUAUGGAAGAUUUCUUGGAUUGGAGUUAUGAUUCUUUAUUAAAUGCGGAGUCUUCCAGAAAAUUGAAGAUUUUGCCCACAUUGGAAUUUGAGGAGUUUGAUGCGUUGUUUGAUGAACAAACUAGUGGAGACAAUAGCAAGGAGGGUAUGACUGUAUAUCUACCUGGAGUAGAAUGGUAG